AUGGACGAGGGCGUCGGGGAGGCAGUGGACCCUAUCGAGCAGCAGAUGGAGCAAAAUCUCCUGAUUGGAUCGAAAUCGAUCGAGCUCGGAGACAACAACGAGAAGAAAUCAUCCGAAGAAAACACAGAAGCUCUUCAGCCGCGAAACGAACGCGCGGAUACACGCCUGAGAGCCACAUUGAUGAAACUUCAAGUUCAAAUUUACAAACCGAGCGAUAUGCUGGGCAUGCGACCUUAUAUGGCCUCUCAUGGAAGACCUCGCGGCGGCCGGAAGUGCCGAAAACGAACGUUUGAAGUGGUGAACUGGGAGACUUGUAGUCAGCGGCCUCAUAAGCGCGAGAACGACCAGGUCGGCAUCUGGCAUUGGACGGGCGACAGGAAGCAGAUCCGAGACGUUUGUCGCUGCACGAAUGGGGCCGUCUUCCUGCAA